CACGUGCAAGACAACGUUCACCAACAUGGCCGCGUGCAGUGUGGAGGAGCUGUUAGCUAAAGCCGAGCAAGAAGAGGCUGAAAAACUGAGAAGUAUCACCGUCCACAAGGACCUAGACCUGGACUUCGACGUCGGGAACCUGCUCGCUUGUGACAAAAACCGAAUCGAGUCCCGGGACUUCAGAGGACAGAAGAAGGAGGACUUCCUGCGGGGCUUAGCUCGUGACAACACUCAGCUCCUCAUCAACGAGAUAUGGAAGCUGCAGACGGAGCGGGUGGAUGAGGUGAUAGUAGCCAAGCUACCGGAACCGACCACCCGGCUGCCGAGGGAGAAGGCCCCUCCGAAACCCAGACCUCCGACCAAGUGGGAGCAGUUCGCCAAACUGAAAGGCAUACAGAAGAAGAAGAAGACCAAUCUGGUCUGGGAUGAAACCGCGAAGGAGUGGAGGAGGCGCUGGGGCUACAAGAGAGCCAAGGACAACACCAAGGAGUGGCUGAUCGAGGUGCCGGAGACCGCAGACCCGAACGAGGACCAGUUCUCCAAGCGCGUCAAAGCCAAGAAGGAGCGCGUGGCCAAGAACGAGCUGAACAGGCUGAGGAACAUCGCCAGGGCGCAGAAGCUCAAGGUGCCCGGGGUGGGCCUGCUCCCCAAGGCCCAGCAGUCCAGAGACGAGCUGGCUAAAGCCGUGAGCGUGGCCAGGACCUCCACGGCGUCCGCCGGCCUCUUCCAGGACCGCCUGGCCAAAGAGAAGGCCCCAAAAAACUCUGGCAAGAGGAGGAAGUUCGAGCCCCUGAUCGGAGACUUCUCCAGCGAGAAGCAGAAACAGCUGGAGCUGCUGAAGGUCCUGGACUCCAAGAGACCCAAGCUGGACGUCACCAAGGCCGUGAACGCUCAGAUGAGACAGGAGGACAGAGAGGAGGCUGCGGCCAAACACAAGAGGAGGGGGGCUGGGAGGAAGGGAGGGGGAGGUGGGGGCAAGAAGGGAGGGAAGGCUGGGGGCAAGGGAGGGAAGGCUGGGGGAGGCCCUGGGAAGAAAGGAGGGGGAGGGAUGAAGAGGGGCAAGCCUGGGAAACGCUGAGCACCUGGACCACAGUUGGACUCAGAACCACCUGGACAGCCCGGGAUGUACUGACCCCCCCCCCCCCCCCAUGAGUAGGACUGGGUUCUGCUGUGAACAUGUCAAAACUCUGAAAUACACUUUAACAUCUGUGUGACCGUCAGCUUUUGUUUUUAUUUCAAGGUUCUUUUAAAGAAGUGUCAUUUGCAUCACGUGGUACAUGAGGUGGAAGGAAAUUGUGUACUGAAGGUCCCAGUUCCACCCAAAAAUAUAUAAAGUAUAAGAAGAAACGGUAUACAAAAGAUAUAUUGUGAACAAUAAUAAUGUAGUAUAAUGCGGCGUGUUAAACAGCAGCCUGAACACGAGUUUGGAGUGAGCGGAUGGGUUUGAAUACAGCAGCUUAAAGGCAAGAGAUCAGCAGCAUGGAUAAUCAGCAGCACGGAUAAA